UACAAUAAGUAUUAAAAUUUAUGUUUAAGUUUUUAAAGGUAGGUCAAAAUGUACGUAAGAUGAAAAUGCGUAUUCGACUAGCAGUAUUAAUACUAUUUUUUGGGGAAUUUAUUUUUGCAAAUAAUGAAUUAAGAAACAGUGAAAAUUUGUCUUCCAAAGAAGGCUUGAAAAACACAAUAAAUGCUUUAACUGCAGAUAGAAGUGGGAAAUUUCUUUUCGAUGCAAUAUUUCGAAUCAGUUCAAGCAUUACCAAUGCUUUCGGAUAUGAAGGAGAAGAAUACUCUGAUUACAAUGAAGAUAUCAAUAUAAAGACUUGCGAAUGCGAUUGUGGAUAUUCGAAUGAAGAAAUAAGGAUAGUUGGUGGUAGACCAACAGGUAUUAAUCAAUACCCUUGGAUGGCUCGUAUAGUAUAUGAUGGAAAAUUUCACUGUGGAGGCUCCCUGCUUACAAAAGAAUAUGUCUUAACAGCAGCUCAUUGUGUUAAAAAACUAAGGAAAUCUAAAAUACGGAUUAUUUUUGGAGACCACGAUCAGCAUAUUACAUCUGAAUCUAAAGCCAUUCAGAGGGCUGUAAGUGCUAUAAUUAAACAUAGAAAUUUCAACCCCGACAGUUAUAACAAUGAUAUAGCGUUGCUAAAAUUGAGGAAACCAAUGACGUUUUCGAAAAUUAUAAAACCGGUAUGCUUACCACGUUUUAACUAUGAUCCCGCAGGAAUUAUCCAGUCCUUCAAAUCACAUUACAGAAAGUGCCUAGUCCGCGAACAAAUUUUAGCUGCAGAGGGCGGAAUAAUGGCUAAAUUUUUAAAAAGCAUCUCUAUUUUGAGGGCUUUGUUUAUCAUCAAACGCACAUGGUGGCUUGUGACUCCACAAAUAAUUCAAAAUUGUUUUAAAAAGGCGGGAAUUCACGAUGGAAUCCAUGUGGCAGACUCAUUAGAUGAUAUUAAUUCAAGUGAUGUACAAGUAUAUUGUGAAACCGAUGGCUCUGCUUCAGAUGAUGUUUGCGAGACUGUAGACUACGAAACUUUUUUUAAAAACAUAGUUGAUUUAGAAAAAGAGAACUGUUUCGGAGCUGCAAACGAUGAUGAUAUAAUAAAUGAAAUACAGGAAGAUGAAAUUGAAGAAAACUCUGCAGAUAGUGCCAUGCAGCCUAGCAGGGAAGAAGCGCUGCAUGCCUUGUUUAUACUGAAGCAGUAUUUAAAUGAUAACAUAAUAAACACUGAGCAAAUUCUCUUUAAUGAACGAGACAAAUCACUUGUUCAAAAAAAAAAAAAUUAACUAUUUUGUAACUUCCCAAUCAAUUUGAAGCUUCCAAUUACUUGGCUUAAAAAUAAAUUACCCUUUGAAUGCGUUGAUUUUGAAAUAAAUUUAAUGUUUUG